AGCAGGGUCUCCUGUCCUGUGGGCUUGACACCGGUUUGGUCUGAUCUCGGUCUUGGUCUCGGUCUUGGUCUCGGACUCGGUGAGGACAUUCCAGACUCUGCAGAUGGCGGGACGGGACCGGGUCGUUCACCUGCUCAGGCAGCUCGAGCGCGUGGCGUGCAGAUGUCCUGCUCACUCCAGCACCUUCCAUCAAGGUGCUGGAGCAUCAACAUGCACUGUCGGGAAAACAGACUACGCCUUUGAGAUGGCGAGUUCCAACAUCAGAUACGGAGAAGGAGUCAGCAGAGAGAUCGGCAUGGACCUGCAGAACCUCGGAGCUCGGAAUGUCUGUCUCAUGACAGACAAGAACUUGUCCGGCCUCCCUCCCGUGAAGGCCGUCCUGGAGUCGCUAGCUAAGAAUGGAGUCAAGUACAAAGUGUAUGACAACGUUCGGGUCGAGCCCACUGAUACCAGUUUUAAAGAUGCCAUCUCAUUUGCUAAAAGCAACUCAUUUGAUGUGUUUGUGGCGGUGGGCGGGGGCUCAGUGAUUGACACCUGUAAAGCAGCCAAUCUGUAUGCUUGUCACCCCGACGCCGACUUCCUGGACUUCGUCAACGCUCCGAUCGGUAAAGGGAAACCGAUCACCGGAGCUCUGAAGCCGCUCAUUGCAGUUCCGACGACUGCAGGCACGGGCAGCGAGACCACUGGAGUCGCCAUUUUUGACUAUGAGCCUCUGAAAGCCAAAACAGGUAUCGCCAGCAGAGCCAUCAGACCCACACUGGGCAUCGUCGACCCGAUGCACACACUGAGCAUGCCUGAAAGAGUCGCCGCCAACAGCGGCUUUGAUGUGCUUUGUCAUGCUCUGGAGUCAUACACUGCUCUGCCCUACAACCAGAGGAGCCCCUGCCCCCCCAACCCUAUUAACCGCCCCGCCUACCAGGGCAGCAACCCCAUCAGCGACGUCUGGUCCCGCCACGCCCUCAAUGUGGUCGCCAAGUACAUGAAACGAGCGGUCCGGGACCCCGAGGACCUGGAGGCUCGGUCCAGCAUGCACCUGGCCAGCGUGUUCGCCGGGAUCGGCUUUGGAAACGCUGGCGUUCAUCUGUGUCAUGGGAUGUCGUAUCCGAUCGCUGGUAACGUGAAGACUCACUCAGCGGAGGGUUACGGUGUGGAGCAUCCCCUGGUGCCUCAUGGUCUCUCAGUCGUCCUCACGUCUCCGGCCGUCUUCAACUUCACUGCCCCAAUGUGUCCAGAGCGCCACCUGGACGCUGCAGAGAUCCUUGGUGCAGAUAUUCGGCAGGUGAAGCGGGAGGAUGCAGGUGCUGUUCUGGCUGACACGCUGCGUCAGUUCCUGUUUGACCUGCAGGUGGAGGACGGACUGGGAGCAGUGGGAUACAGCAAAGACGACAUCCCAGCACUGGUGAAAGGAACCAUCCCUCAGGAGCGAGUCACCAAACUUUCUCCCAGGCAGCACAGUGAGGACGACCUGGCCCAGCUGUUCGAAGCCUCCAUGAAGCUGUACUGAACAGACAGAAACUGAUCUCAGGUCUGUCGUGUGCUGAGAUGCAGCUCCUCUAACAGCCGCUAAGCGUCACUGUUUGUCUACCUGUUCAGACUCACCUGUGACUGUGACGCCUCAGCAGCGUCGUCUCACCACUGAUUGAUUUUAAAUUGACACAUGAACAGAAAAUAAAGCCGAUGUUAUAUGA